GAAGGUGGCGCUUUUAUUAUGAAGGUUCCGUGUCGGAAGCAUUGGAUGUGUUGUUCUCGCUGCUGCGUUGAGUUUGAACACCAGCGUGAUCUCACAGCGGGAACGGGUGGAAAGCCGUGAUGACAGACUCUUCACUCCUGAACUCCGAGCUGGAGUUACAGCAGCAAGAGGAGCUCUAUCAACAGCUGCUGCUGCAGACAAUGGGAAAAAUGCAGGCUGAAAAUCCAGACUCCAAAGUGAUCCGACCACAACCUGGCAUGUGUGUGAAGACUCACUCAGAGCCGAGCAAGCACAAGGUCUUUGUCAACAUCUGCCAGUCAAACUCAGUGCCACCGCCACCAGAACUCUCCAGGGAGGAGCUAGUGGAGCUGCUCCAAUCAGAGGAUCCCAGCGGCUACAGAGUUCCCAUGAGCCUUGGCGAGCCACACACAGAAAUAGACAACAGCUCUCAGGGUUGCACAGCCUAUGACGUCGUCAUCAACCAGGAUUUCUUCCAAAAGUGCCAGAAGGACCCUUUAUUCCAGCAGUUUGUUAUUCUGGUGUCUUUAGAGGGCUUAGAGAACAAAUACAAUCUGGAGCUGAGUAGAGACUGGAAGGUGCUGAAGAACAGGAAAUUCUUGGGUUCUGUUGGCGAGCAGAGCAUCCGGACGAAAAGCAGACCAGGGAUUCAAGAGCUGCAGCCUCAGGAGAGCUCCACUGCUACAGCUAAAAGGCCAGAGUUCACUUUGCUUGUUGAGCCCCCUGCUGGUGACCCUGAGUACCUCAUUGCAGAAAUAAAGCUACCUGGAGUGACUUCAUCUCGCUCUCUGGUUCUGGACGUUGGAGAGGACCGGCUGGUGUUGACGGCUCGGCCCUCGCUCUUCCAUCUCGACAUCUUCCAUCCCUUCCUCAUCGACCAGGAGAACAGUGUGGCCCAGUACAACAACAGCACUCAGAUUCUCACAGUCACCAUGCCUGUGGUGUCUUCAUGAAACUACAGAAAUAAUGUCCAGAUAUUUAUUUUUUUUUGUUUCAAAAUGAUCCUGUGACAAUAAAAGUGUUUUUAUAAA